GGUAUGACAGCUGGAUCGCCUCUCUCCCUCUCCGCGUGCAUCCCCAACAAACUUGCAUCCCCACCACCAUCCGACCCCACGCAGACGCUAUGUCGUCAUGGGCCAGUGUCAACUGACCAGCGUGGAUUACCCUGCCUCCAACACACGCUGAAUCUCUCCGGUGCCCUUGAGAAGGUCAAAACGGGUAUUCCCCGCCCGGCUGGUGGACGUGCGAAAUCGCUUGCUCCGUCGGUUGAUAAAAGCGAACCGUGUCUCGAGAUUGCAUUAUCAGAGGACGAAGUUCACUUAAACGGUCGCAUCGUUGAGAAAGGAUUAUUUUAAUUCAGCUGAACACAGCGGGACGUUUCUCAACAUGUCUAAUUAUGUUGCUUUCGGAUUUGGAAUGCGUGCAUUCAAGAGAUUUCCUGAGCUCAUCCCUCUGUGUGUGAUCAUCGGCGGGGCGUGUGUAGGGGCGUGUUCGUUUAUGGGCUAUGCGCUAUACACCAAGCCAGAUGUCCGGAUCAACAAGAGCGAUGCUGUUCCACCAUGGGAGAAAGUCCGAGCAACCGAGUGUAGGAAGAUGGUGACCUUGAACCAGAAGUACAUCCCUAUUCCUGAGUUGGAGAAGCUGAGAGAAGAGAUCGGCAGCUACAAGCUCUAGGGGCCUUACAACUGUGUUAUGUAGUGUUGUUAUUUUGUAGUGUUGUUGUUGUUGUGAGGAAGAGUCAGUGUUGUGUAAGUGGACAAACAUACAUAAAUGUGACCCGCCAUGGCAGGAGAUAAGGGACCUUAUGGGUGCUGGGAUACAAUUGUGCUGUGACAUCAUAAUUGUGCUGUGACGUCAUAAAGAAAGACGUUUGAGGUCAACUUACUUCAGCAAAAAUCGCCACGUGUGCGGACUACAAAAAUAUCUUAUUUUUAUCUCGUUAGAUCGCAAUGUUAUGAAAACAUUAUUUCAAAGCAUUUCAGCAUACAUGUCUACUUUUAAUUAUAUGUAAAACUGCAUAAUUACAUAAACAGUAAUAAGCCUGAAAAUGCGAAUUUGCAGAAAAUGAGUCCAAAUGUUUGAUGUUAAGUAUCUCUGUAAUAUACAUGAAUUGAAGCUUGUCCAAUGUAUUUUUGUGGUCCUACGAUACUGUAGUUUUAAAAUAUAGUAAGAAGUCCAAAUGUGAUUUUUCACCCAUAAGGUCUCUCAUGUUAUGGUUGAUCACAUAUACCAACUGUUUCCUGGAAUUGGUGGAACCAAGGGUACAGGCCGUUCUUGUUUUGAUUAGUUGGAUGAUACCCAUGCUUCUUACAUUCUUGCUCUGAUUGUGUUACUAGGUUUGUGGAAUACUGUUGAAAGCGGCCUUAGAACCAACUCACUCUCCCACUCUUACAUUCUUGCUCUGAUUAUGUUUCUAGGUCUGUCGUGGGUUUCACUAAAGUGAUAAGCGUCCGCGACCCGAGUUACUUCCAGCUCUUCUCCCACACUAGCUGACCUGACUUAACUGGAAUACUGUUCAAAGCGGCCCUAGAACCAGCUCCCUCUCUCACGCUUACAUUCUCGCCAAAUCGGCUUACAGAGUUGCUCCCCUAAGGCGUGCCAGAAUCCUAUGGUCGUGGGUUUGAAUCCUGGGUAGAUUCGUCCUGAUUAUGGUUCUUGCCUAGUAGGCAACAAAAUCCAACAUUGAUAUUGAAAAAGAAACAGCAAACAAAGUUUGAUGAAAACGAAUAUUACAAGGAUUAAUAUGAUUUGAAAUUAUGAAUUAAACAUUUGAGAAACAACCAAUACCUCAACACACUAAAAUCGAACUUGGCAAUAAUAGAAAGUGAAAGGGCAAUGUCAUUUAAAAUUCUACCUAGAUUGAAAUUGACUUUAUGGAAGAUAUCUGUUGAUAUAGAAAUAGAUUCUUGAUAAAGAGGCAGCUGCCUUCGGAGUCCCAUCUUCGGUUAUCAAGGGUAUUAUAUCUCCAUUCUAUCAGGAUAAAUCCCCUGGACACAUAUCAAUUGAGUGCAUAUCGUGGCCGGAUGACUUUUUGCUUUUUGUUUCGUAGCAAAAUGUUUCCUUGGUUCCAUGUUUCCUUUCCUGUUUCGCACGCGAUCUAUGACGUCAUUAUUUAUAUCAUACGUUUUUCAAAAGGUCUUGUCAAUAACUCGACAGGUUUUACUGUAAAAUAUAUAUUCUGGUCACCAUUUAAAAGUGGACAUCACCACUGAAAUGAUGACAGUUAAACAAUCUUGCCCGCGAGCAAAGGAUGUAAGCCAAUUACUCAACUUACUUUAAACAUUGUUUAGCUCACCUGAUUCAAAGUGAAGUCAGAAGUUUAUCUCACCAGUCUCAAAGUGAAGUCAGCGUAUAUCAUGAUCUCCCGUCAUUUGUCAACUACUGAAAGAUCCUCCCUUCAGAAACACUGGGCACAGGCAACCGAAACACCACGUGAUUAUUCCGACCAAUGAAGACACCUGAAUUUGUUCAGGUGGUUCAAAUCCGAAAAUCCAAUAUGGCCACCUCACAGUGACCACAGCAGCCAUUGACUGUUCAUACGUCAAUUAGUCAUUAAUUUAUGGAACAAUAUAUGAAAAUUGAUGACGACAGCUAUACGUGAUACCAUCUAAGCUAUUAACAUAUCCAGGUGAGCGUGAGUGUGGUGUCGUGUUCCAGGCUUUUGUUAAAGUUGGAUAUUUCAUUCUGAUGUGCAAGGAUGUACGGAAGCCUUAUAGAGCCAUUUGUUUUUUAAUUUUGUUUCGAUACUAAUUUGAAAUUUCAAGAAACUAAGUUGAAAUUUCAAGAUAGUAUCUUGAAAUUUCAACUUCUAUAUCUUGAAAUUUCAACUGAGUAUCUUGAAAUUUCAAGAUAGUAUCGAAAAAAAAAACCCAAAUGGCCCUAAAAGGCUUCCGUAAGGAUGUGUGUACCUUUGUGUUUCCUAUCGAAUAUAAUGUACGAAGAGCAUACUCGAGAAGCUUGUGUUUGUAGUGAUCAGUUAAAAAGUUCAUCGAAUGAGAGAACGCCCACCCCAACCCCAAAAACCAAUGAAGACCAUAAUAAUAUUAAUAAAAAUAAAGCAAAAAAACCCCAAAAACCAUAUAUACGAAAACACAACCAAAUAGAUACACAACCCUCCGACUUGAGGAAAUAAUUUAUUUAUUUUUUCAAUAUCGAGCUUUUGAGCUACUGCCUAGGUAUUUACUGCGGGCCUGUGUGACGAAGUACCCAACGUGAUAAGUUGUAGUUUCACAUCACAUAUAGUUUCAGUCCAUUUUCCUCAAACUGCUAUUAGGUGUUACACUCUUGUAUGUAGAAAUGUAAGAUUGGCGUGUAUGCUUUGAUGUAUAAAUGAUCGACAAAAGUAAUAAAUUAUAUUUGGAAA